AUGGCGGAGCAACACCAGUCCCCAAAAGCCCAAUAUUCACCUCAGCAAACAGAGGCAGAGGUAAAAGCUGGAAUUGAUUGGAUCAGUGCGUUGCCAGACUCUCUUUUUCUUCAAAUUAUUUCUAUGCUUCCCAUGAUCGACGCCUGCACAACAACUAUUCUCUCUAAACGUUGGCAAUGCCUCAGGACUUGUAUCCAUAACCUCAAUUGUUAUCGCUCAAAAACUAGUUGGUCUGAUGAAAAGUUUAUUUCAUUCAUGGACAAUGCACUACCUCUUCUUACCUCAUCUAACAUUAAAAAGUUCACUCUACAGUUCAUAUCUGAACUUGCUCUAUCAAACUAUACUUCCAAACUUGACAAAUGGAUUCAAAUUGCAUUGAAGAAAAAAGUGGAGCAUCUUGACAUAGAUGUAUGGUAUUUGGAUAGUGAUUCAUAUAGCUUGCCACAGAAACUUUGCAGCAAUUCAUCACUUGUAAAACUAAAUUGCAAGGAUUGCAGAAUACCAGAAGAUCGUAUACUCAAUUGGACAUCCCUAAAGAGUUUAACGCUAUCAUCGAUGCUUCUCAGUGAGGAACACAUUGAACAAAUAACAUCAAAUUGUCGUCACCUGGAAUCAUUGAAGUUGUGUGGCUUUUGUGGUUUUCAUCGUUUUUAUUUAACCUCCCCAAAAUGUAAGAGUCUCGAAUUGAUUGAUCACAUACAUCAUGUCUACUAUAUCAGGUGUGAUUGUUACUUUGAAAUUGUUGCUCCAUAUGUCCAACAUUUAAAGAUUUCAGGGGAUAUUAAUGGUGUGGAAAUUAGGCCCGGUGACCUCUCGUCUUUGAUCCACAUUGAUCUUACUUACCGUAGAUUAGAUGACGUAAUUGACAAAAGCAUAGUGAAAGAUCAUUUUACAAGAGUAGCUUGUGCUAAUGAGCUAAUCAUCUCAUCCUUGCAUAUCGAGUGGAGCCCCUUCAUAGAGGAUGACACGACAGAGCUAACUGAAUUGAUGAAGUGUUUGCUUGAGCAUGCAAAAAAUCUGGAGAAACUGAUUAUAAUUCGGGAGGACAGUGAUUAUUCAGAAAGUAUUGAUAGUUUGUUAGCUCUUCCCAGAGUUUCUAAUUGUACUGUUGUUGUUUCCUUAGAAUUGGUUGCUGGUGUUGAGUGCUGA